AUGCUAUCAUGGUUGAUGGCAACAUCAAGUAAAACACCUUAUCAAGUAUUGGAAGUUCCUGAAAAUAUUGAUUAUGUUAAUUUACGUACAUACUAUCGAAAAAUAAUUCAUGAUUAUAAAAAAAACAAAAUUACAGAUGAAGAAUUUCAAUCUAAAAUUCGUGCAUAUGAAACAUUAUCUGACUAUGAUAAACGUAAAAAGUAUGAUUCUAAAAAGACAUGGAUAUCGCAUUUAACAUUGACACAAUAUACAACACAACAAUUAGCUGCUGAACCUGCUCUAAUAUCAAUUUUAAGACAUCGAAUAUAUAAUGCUAAUUUAACAAAACUCAAUGCUCAAGAUCCAGAAACAGGUCAUACAACACUUUACUGUGCAGCACGUGCUGGUAAUAUCGAAGCUGUACAAUUUUUAACGGAACAAGGAGCCGAACCUGACUUAUCACAACGUACGAAAAGUACAGCUUUACAUGUUGCUUCGUAUUAUGGACAUGCUGAUGUUGUUCGUUGUCUUCUGGAAAGUGGAGCCAAUUAUCGAAUAUUAAAUGUAGGUAAUAAAACAGCGGAAGACGAAGCUUUUAAUGAAGAUGUUAAAUGUACUUUUAUUGAACUGAAACAAAUUUCAUACGUUAGAGCUGCUGCUAAUGAAAUUGAUUGGUUUUCGAACAAUAUUUUACAAGAACAUAUUGAUGAAGAAUAUUAUUCUCAACGUCAAACAUUGUUACAUUGUGCUAGUAGAAAAGGUCAUUUUGAUCUUGUACGUUUAUUUAUAGAAACAUUAUCGGCUAAUAUGGAUAUUGUUGAUGUUAAUGGAAAUUCUGCUUUACAUCUUGCAGUUUAUGGUGGUCAUGUUGAAAUUGUUCAUUAUCUUCUUAAUCAAGGUUGUAAUUCAACUCUUUACAAUCGAUGGGGCUUAACAGCUGAAAGAGAAGUUAGGAAACAUGGUAAUAAAAUAAUUGAUAUUUUUCAAUCUAUACGUAAUCAAAAUAUGUUUGAAAUGGCACAUAAAGGUAUAGAUUGGUGGUUUCAAUAUUAUUUUGAUACUACGUCACCAGAUACAACUGAUUCUGAAGGUAUAAGUUUACUCUAUCAUGCAUGUUAUCAUGGACAGUAUACGAUUGCUAAAUGGUUACUAGAACAUAAAGCUAAUAUUAAUAUUCAAAUGAGAGAAACACCAAAAAAUACUUCAUUACACAUAGCGAAAUAUUAUGGUCAUCUAAAAAUUGUUGAACUUCUACUUGAAUAUGGUGCAGAUAUAACUAUUAAGAAUGAUUAUAAAGCCACUGUUUUUGAAGAAAAAUUUUCUGAAGAAGUCAAUCAUGAUAUAGCAAGACAAAUCGAUAAACUUUUAUUACAGUAUCGAAACAAUCUAAAGCAUUAUAAAUUAAUUGAUGUUCAUAUAUAUUCAGAUGAAGAUCAAGAUGAUGAUCCAAAAGUUAAAAUACAAUUGCAUCAUGCUGAUACAUAUGAUGAUCUAUUAUAUGCAUUGCCUAGCUAUUUAAAGAAAGAACAUAAUUAUUUUUCUGUUGCUCGACGUCCAUUAAAUUUUGAGAAAAAAGACACAACUGUAAUAUCUGCUGUAUGUCGUGCACGUUAUCUAAAUUCAAAAUUUAUUGAUACACCACUUCGUCUUACUCUUCAUCAGAGUCCGAUUAAUGAAAAUAAUAGUCAUCGAUGUAUUCGACAAGAUCCUCAAUUUGAUUUUUAUUCAUACAAUAAGUACUUUCGAACUAAAGCAAGUGUCACUAAUUUUCAAUUAAAACCUUCAAUAGAUAAGCAAACCAUAAACGUUGAUGAUUUAAUCUUCACAUUCUCUGGAGGUUCUAUCAAAGAUAAUAUUAAAUUUGAAGUUAGAACACUUUUGUCUGUUGAUAUUCAAAUGUUUAAUUUACCAGGAUGCAUCUGUUUGUUCGAAACAAGUCUUUAUGAAGAUAAUUACAAACUUCUUGAACUUCCUUUCGUAUCAAUGAUUAGUCAACCAUAUGCUCGUCUGUAUACAUUGGCUAUAUCUACUCCUUAUUGGUUUGGUUGUGACACUCGUCGAACACGUCUUCCAAUGCUUGAUGGAAUUCAUGCAUUCAUACAACAUGUUAGUGUUAUUCCAAUCGAACUUAUAUUACCAGUAGAUAUGAUUAUCGCAACUACUAUUGAAAAACCAUUAAUUACACGAGAACAACCUGUCAGAUGUACUUGUUUAGUUUUACAAGAGCAUGAUUCGAUUAACUUUCCAAAGAUAGCUUAUCAUGCAACGAAUAUUUCAGUUGUUCGAUCGAUUCUCGUCGAUGGACUCGUCGUACCGGGGACAGUAGUCAGCAAUGGAAAACGUGUCACUCGUCGUAAAAAUCAUAUCCGACGGAAUCGUGAGGCUUUCAAUAUUGCUGAUUUUGCUGAUGCUAUUUUUUUAAGUCCUAGUGUACAUUAUAGUUCUGAUCCAACAUAUGCCGCAGCAUUUUCCGAUGGUGAUCAACAAUUGCUACCUAUUCUUGAAUGUAGCGUGAAGAAAAAUGGUUAUUCUCACUUUCCAUGCACUGUUCCAAAAUAUAUUCCACAUCCAGACGAUAAUAUGGAAGCCAUUGAAUGGCGAGUUCUAGAUCCAGAAAAUGUUACAAUAAAUACUGUACUAUUCGUUCCGACGAUCGAUUCACUUGAAACUACAAAACAAGAACGAAUUACUAAACUUACUGCGAGUUUAAGUGAUACAUAA